AUGCUAUCGAUAAUUCUGCUAUUUACUAAAAUAGUUUACGUUCUUGGCUACAUUCUCUAUGAAUACAUUGUGAAAACUUUCCGUCUGGUUUACAAAAGACCACCUAGGCAUAAAUGCUUCCAAGGACAGACUGUUUUGAUAACUGGUGCCGGUGGAGGUUUGGGGCGACUUAUGUCCAUAAAGUUCGCCCAACUAGGAGCUUAUGUUAUAGGGUGGGACGUAAACCACGAAGGUCUACUCAAAACCGAACAACAAGUUAACAUCAAUAUUGAAAAAAGUUUGCAUUUUAUUAGCGACAGCUUUUUCCAAUUUCAAUGUUUUGACAUUUCGGACAGGACUCUUGUGUACGAACACGCUCGUUCAAUUGGAAAAGUUGACAUUUUAGUAAAUAACGCAGGGAUACUAUCUAAUAAUAAUUUCAUUUUGGACAAGAAAGACUUAGAAAUCAUAAAGACGUUUGAUGUUAAUGCUCUCGCUCAUUUCUGGACUGUGAAAGCAUUUCUGCCGAGAAUGAUGGAUGAACAAAAUGGUCACAUAGUGACAAUAUCUAGCGUUGCCGGAAUGAUUGGUACACCUCGUCUCUCAGAUUACUCGGCAAGCAAGUUUGCAACUAUAGGAUUUCACGAAGCUCUUGAUUUGGAGCUCAGAGCACAAGGCUACGCGAACAAAAUUCACACAACUUUAGUUUGUCCUUAUGUCCUAAACACCGGAUUGUUCAUGGGCGCGACCAAAAAUAGCGUGGAUUUGUUCAUGCCCAUUUUGGAACCGGAAGUUGCAGUUGACCGAAUUAUCAUAGCUGUUUAUAACAAACAAAGCAAAGUUGUGAUGCCUGUUUUUGGGUCUUUCGUCUCAGCUUUGAAACUAUUGAUGCCUUGGGAGUCUUGGACGAAAGGAAUUGAAUUGUUUGGUAUCCACAGAGUUUUCGCCAACAUAACCCGACGGAAUCUCACCCUAGUUGUUUGA